UAUACAGUAUACUCAUAAACUGUAUAUCAAAACAUAACCUAUGAAAUUACCAAAAGUUAAAUUUUGAAAAUUGAGCUACAGACUCUUCAGUUAUGGGUGUUACAGUGCUUCAACAAUUUCCAAUUGUGGAAAAUAGAACGGGCCCCUUAACUAUCGAUCUACUAACAAAAAGAAUCUCUGCACUGGGUGCCACACAGCAAGGGCAAUUUCUGGUCGACUGCGAAACCUUUACCUCCAUUCAACAGUUGGGUCAUCAACGAACAGUACACGUGCUACACAAUUCCGAGCAGCCCGCAACCGUGUUUUCAAUACUGGAAACGGGCACGAAAACAAUACCUCUAGCAACCGAUGGCUUAUUCGACCUACUCAUGACGAAAAUGAACAACUUUUACACCGCUAAAAAGCAAACAAAAGUUGAGUCAAAAGGGCCCAGAUUCGAAAUUGGCGAUUUUUUGGUCAAGUUGGGCAGCGUGACGAUAACACAGAAUUUUAAAGGCGUACUGGUGGAGGUUGAGUAUAAACCGUGCGUGGUGCCCGCAAUGUGCUGGGAGUUAAUGAGAGAAUUUCUGCAAGGAUUUUUGGGUUCUUCCGUACCGAAUACUCCCCCUGCUUAUCUGCAAAACAGAAUGCAGGAGAUUUACACUCCAAUUGACACAAUACAUCAGUACUUGGAACAAUUUACAAUGUAUAGAAAAUCUCCAGGAUAGACAAUUCAGUGGAUG